GUGGCCACCCCGCUAAACACUGCCUGUUCUAUUCUCUCUCACCUGCUGUUGUGCCUAUUUUUGGGCCUAUCCUCACUGCCGACUUCUGCCUCUCCCUGUCUCCCUUCGCACACCCUAGUCUAUACGGGGUCUUGGUGCCGUUGUUAGGCGUCGGCUAAUGGGCGCUUACACACCGUCGUCGUAUCCCACCUGUAGCCCGCCUAGUCCGCUUGCUGUUAGUAGGCAUAGCAUAGCACGGCAUGUGCAUGCAUACCUACCUCCUAUAUAUCCCCCAUCCUCCUGAUCAACUUGAAGCAAAAGUCCCUACCGUCGGUGGUAUAACGGAUUCCUGUAGCGAGUUCGGGCACCACAGGGAGGAAGGGGACGGAGGGCACGCGACAAAGCCCCCCUCCGGCGCCAGUGAGAAAAAUCAGACGACCAAUGACUCGAUGGGGAGCUCAGCUUAUGGCUCCGGCAAAGGCAUUGGUCGUGUCGACAAGGGCCUCUCGCCUUACGUAGCUAAAUCGAUCCUACCUGUGGACUGGCCUGUCGUGUCAUUGUCGUCGUCGUCGUCGUCAGGUGGCCAACCCCUCCUUAUCGUAUUCCCCCGCCGCCCGAGGAGAAGCGACAUUCUCCAUUGGAACCCCCUGAGCCGAGCCAGUCCCCGAUCCCGCCUCCGAUCCGAGUUGGCGCAAGGAUGUACGAUUAUCAUGACAUUUGGCGUUUGCACGCGCUUUCUCGGAUCAGGGCCGAGGACGGACUCGGCGUGGACACCUCGCGGGUGGGAGACCAUCCCGUCUGGUCGGACUCGAGAGGCGCGAAGGGGAGGUCAGGUGGACAGAUGGUAUUGCCCCGACCUGGCCUGCCCCCGACCUGCGGAAUACGGUCGACCAAUCGGCACGGUAUCCUUACUUAUCAAGAUCUGAAUACCGGAAUCGCCGCAUCUGCAUGGCGAGUUCGCACAGGUCUACGCCUACACAUACACGAGCACGCGCACCGCGCAUAUAGGUAGGUAUAUGCACAGCGUACGCGCACACGUACACACGUACAUCGGAAAAAAGGACCCAAAUGCUAUGCACCGGCGCAUUCGGCGAUGGCGCCAGGUCCGCGGGGAACCGCCGGAUCGUA